GGGCUGGCAGGGCAGCAUUGUUAUCUUAAGACACUCAUCUGGUGUCUGAGUCUGCAGGUGACACUGCUUAGGUACGGAGCGCGGAGUCGGAGCAGGGACGCUCUGGGCUGCAGCCCUGGGAUGGAAUCCACCUGCCUCGGAAGCUGCUCGCGGCUGCUCCGGCAGCGCCUCCGCUGAGCUCGGAGGCUCCCGUUAACACUUGCCCAGGGACGUGCACCUGCCUUACCGCGCGAGCGCAGGGGCAGGUCUGCAGGCGGCCGGCAGAGCAGUGGAGCCGGAGGAACUGUCUUCGCCCAGGUGCAAGGCAGUGAUUUCGGGAGAAGGAGCGGGCGGGUGAGUCUCUUUAGAGUUGGAAGGAAAGCAAGAUCUUGGGUUUCUCUUCCGUGGAGGGACGGGGGACUCCCCCAGCUGGGUUUUGCACUUUCCUUCCCUCUUCCACCCGCGUGCGCCCCGGCCUGGCGCUGAAGCCCCACUUCAGACAUGCUUUGGGCGACGGGGACCCUCGCUGCUCAGCAGGAAGGCAGCAGGCAAGUGGUCUAACGGCGGCGGCGGCAGCAGCAGCAAAGCGGGGAGCAAGAGAAUUAUUUGAAAAGAGACAUCCGCUCCCUCUCAAACGCUGAGGGGGAGGCAUUCGCGUUUCCCCAAAUGAGAAAGAGCCACAAGAAAUCAUGAAGUAAAAACUUUGGAAAGCUGCCACUGGAGAUGUUGCACAAAAUCCUGGAAUCUUUUAGGAGUCUCCUCCCAGUCGGUGGAGGUUUGGGGAGCAGCUGAUACAGCAAGGAGGGCUCUUGCAAGGAUUCAAGUUCCAGGAGCCCUGGAGGAGCGGCACAGAGCGGGGGAGCGUGGCGAGAGAAUGAAGAAACCAACCGCCCGGGAGAAGCAUGAGGCGGCAGUGCGGCACUCGGCUUAGAGGGCUCGGGCGGGCGGCGGCCCCAUGGGCAACCCUGCUGGCGCUGGGCCUCCCGGGCUGGGUGCUGGCGGUCUCGGCCACGGCCGCUGCCGCCGCGCUCCCCGAGCAGCAUGCCCCCUCCGCCGGCCAGCCGCCCCUGGACUGGCUCCUCACCGACCGCGGCCCCUUCCACCGCGCCCAGGAGUAUGCCGACUUCAUGGAGCGCUACCGCCAGGGUUUCACCACCAGGUACAGGAUCUACAGGGAGUUUGCCCGUUGGAAAGUAAACAACUUGGCUCUGGAAAGGAGGGACUUCUUCAGUUUGCCAUUGCCUCUUGCCCCAGAAUUUAUCCGGAACAUCCGCCUCCUCGGAAGGAGACCCAACUUACAACAGGUUACUGAAAACCUGAUAAAAAAGUACGGCACUCAUUUCUUACUUUCUGCCACCCUUGGAGGAGAAGAGUCCCUAACCAUUUUUGUGGACAAGCGGAAACUGAGCCGCAAGACAGAGACAGCAGGAAGUGCACCUGUAGUUGGGGGCAGUGGGAACAGCUCUGCCGUGUCCCUGGAGACCCUGCACCAGCUGGCAGCCUCCUACUUCAUCGACAGAGAGAGCACUCUGAGGCGGCUGCACCAUAUCCAGAUAGCCACGGGGGCCAUCAAGGUCACGGAGACCAGGACGGGCCCUCUGGGCUGCAGCAACUACGACAAUCUGGACUCAGUCAGCUCUGUCCUGGUACAGAGUCCGGAGAACAAAGUGCAGUUACUGGGCCUACAGGUGCUGCUGCCCGAGUACCUGCGUGAGCGCUUUGUGGCGGCGGCACUCAGCUAUAUCACAUGCAGCUCUGAGGGGGAGCUCGUCUGCAAGGAGAAUGACUGUUGGUGCAAGUGCAGCCCCACCUUCCCAGAAUGCAACUGUCCGGAUGCUGACAUCCAGGCCAUGGAGGACAGCCUGCUGCAGAUCCAGGACUCUUGGGUGACUCACAACCGGCAGUUUGAGGAGUCAGAGGAAUUCCAGGCCCUGCUGAAAAGGCUGCCUGGAGACAGGUUCCUGAACUCCACAGCCAUCUCCCAGUUCUGGGCCAUGGACACCAGCCUUCAGCACCGCUACCAGCAGCUGGGAGCCAGCUUGAAAUUGCUAUUCAAGAAGACCCACCGGAUUGUCCGCAGGCUCUUCAACCUCUGCAAGCGCUGCCACCGGCAGCCUCGCUUCCGCCUGCCCAAGGAGAGGUCCUUGCCCUAUUGGUGGAAUCGCAUCCAGUCCCUCCUCUACUGUGGAGAAAGCACGUUCCCCGGCACCUUCCUGGAACAGAGCCACAGCUGCACCUGCCCCUAUGACCAGUCUUCCUGCCAGGGCCCCAUCCCCUGUGCCUUGGGCGAAGGGCCCGCAUGUGCCCACUGUGCUCCGGACAACAGCACGCGCUGUGGGGGCUGUAACCCAGGCUACGUGCUGGCCCAGGGGUUGUGCCGGCCAGAGGUGGCCGAGUCCCUGGAGAACUUUCUGGGGCUGGAGACAGACCUGCAGGACCUGGAGCUGAAGUACCUGUUGCAGAAGCGGGACAGCCGCAUCGAGGUGCACUCCAUCUUCAUCAGCAACGACAUGCGUCUGGGCAGCUGGUUUGACCCUUCCUGGAGGAAGCGCAUGCUGCUCACGCUGAAGAGUAACAAGUACAAGCCUGGGCUGGUGCACGUGAUGCUGGCCUUGUCCCUGCAGAUCUGCCUCACCAAGAACAGCACCCUGGAGCCUGUCAUGGCCAUCUACGUCAACCCGUUUGGGGGCAGCCACUCUGAGAGCUGGUUCAUGCCCGUGAACGAGGGCAGCUUCCCCGACUGGGAAAGGACUAACGUGGACGCAGCUGCCCAGUGCCAAAACUGGACUAUCACCUUGGGGAACAGGUGGAAGACCUUCUUUGAGACAGUCCAUGUUUACCUACGGAGCCGAAUCAAGUCCCUGGAUGACAGCUCCAAUGAGACAAUCUACUACGAGCCCCUGGAGAUGACCGAUCCCUCCAAGAACUUGGGCUACAUGAAAAUCAACACCUUGCAGGUCUUUGGCUACAGCCUCCCCUUUGACCCGGAUGCUAUCCGGGACUUAAUUCUCCAGUUAGACUACCCGUACACUCAAGGUUCCCAGGACUCUGCCCUCUUGCAGCUUAUAGAGCUUAGGGACCGGGUAAACCAGCUCUCUCCCCCAGGCAAAGUCCGGCUUGACCUUUUCUCCUGCUUGCUCCGGCAUCGGCUCAAGCUGGCCAACAACGAGGUGGGCAGGAUCCAGUCCUCCCUGAGGGCUUUCAAUUCCAAGCUGCCAAACCCUGUGGAGUAUGAGACAGGCAAACUGUGUAGCUAAUGGGGGCCCCACUCCAGUGCUGGGCAGGGAGGUGAUCCAUGAAUCCAGGGUGCAAAGAUCAUCCAAGCCCUCACCUUAGUGCCAACAGGGUUCUCCCUUGAGACUUUCCGCACCCAGCCGAUGGGACCUCAGGGCGUGGACUAAAAAGCAGGCAGGAGAGAAAGAGACCAUCACCGCACACGUGUACACGCUCACCAUGUGCGUGCACACACGCGCGCGCAUACACAUACACUCUCUCACUCACACAGGGAGGCUACGACUCAGCAGCCUCGAAUCUGUGAAGUCGGUGCUUUCAAAUGCAUGCAGUUGAAGGAGAGGAGCCAAGGGAGAGAUUAAGAAAAAGAACCAGCCAAACCGUGAAAACAAAAUCCUUAAAAAGUGAUUCUUACCAUUCAAGAAAGCAAGAGGGGGCAUGGGGGUAGGAACAGGAGCAGUUCCCCCUCCCCCACCACCGAGUCACUUUUGUAUUCUUUUUAACCAGGUUUCUUAAAAUGGCGUUGUUUCGUGAUCCCCCCAGCGUUGGUUCUUACUUUUUGUAUGCUGCCUCCUCUGUGCCCUCCCAGACACUGACUGCUUCUCAAGCCGGCUCCCCUGAGACACUCAAGGUGACACCAACAGAGGACCGUAAGGGCAGACAGGCAGGCUUGCUCUGCUCUCCACUCCUCCCUCCCUCCCUCCAGCCCCCUUGCUUCCUCAGCCCCCCUACUUUGUUCCACAUUCCCCUCGUGGUCCAGCCGGAACUCCUCUUCCAAUGGCACCCGUCCUGUCCAAGAAAGCAGCUCUGUCAAGUUAGAAAGAGACAAUGUAUAGGGAAAUGUUCUUUUUUAAAAACAAAACAAAAAUAUUUAUUUUGUGAUUGUUUUCUUUGUCAAUCUGCUCCAGCCACAUGAACGUAUGAGUAAAAGUUUACCUGGUUUAA